AUGCUUUUCCAGGUGCAAUCUCAGCGAUGUGGCUGCUCAAGUCCUGCACCAACAGUCAUAUCUAGUCCACAAAUUAUAUCACCCCCAGUAACUACUACAAUAGUGGACAAUUCUGUAUCAAACGCUUUAGCGAAUGCUUUGCAACUGCUUAUCGUUAGCGAUCUUCUCGAAUCAACAUUAGGUCCUGCAUUAUGUACUAAUGUUAUAAACGCACCUAUCAUAGAGUCGCCUUACUGCGGACAAGUGGAAGUUAUACAGCAGGAAUACAUUACGCCUUGCGGACCAACUGUUGAAAUAGUACAACCUUGUGGCACACCAAUCGUUGAAACUUUAACUCCCAACAUAUUCGGUGGUUAUACUGAAUCUUUUUCACCUCUAUAUGGCUCAGCAGGUCCCAUUGUAGAAAGGUUAGCGCCCAGGAUUUCACCCCUUUAUCGGUCUGGAUGUAUUGAGAAAAUUCAACCAAAUAUUUGUGGGGGACUAACUGAAACUUUUUCGCCCGCUUUCGGCCCAGGACCAGUUAUUGAAACAAUCCAACCGAACAUCUUUGGAGGUAUAACUGAGACGCUUUCAUCAUUAUAUGGACCUCAGAUUGUUGAACAAAUCUUCCCCAACGGCUUUGGUAUCACUGAAACGAUUACACCCAACUACUGUGGUGGUGUUACUGAAGUUAUCUCCCCAAAUUACUAUGGUGGAAUAAGUGAAAUUGUUGGGCCAACAGCGCAGUUUUUACCUAAUUGUUAUGGAGGGGUCACUGAGAUUGUCUCUGGACCACCAAUGGCCGCUGAAGUGUUGUUCCCUUCUUCCAUCCCUGCCCAGUUAACUCGCAACUUUGGUUAUAAUGUACCAGCCAACACGCCCUGCGUCAAUUUCAAUAUUGAUCCGUUACCAUUUGACUCUUGCAACAAUUUCGGCAAAUCAUUUUAUUACUAA